AACAUCUGGAUUAUUUACAAAGAAAAAACAGCCGCGUGACAGUGAGAUACAAACCGCAGAGCUGAGAGGAGUUUUGGAGACGAACCAGAAGCGCUUGGAGAUAUUUGAGAGACAGACCAACUCUGACUGGUGUGAACAAACUAAUUCACUGUAGCUCCUAAAACAAACCGCUGCAGCAGACACGCCUGAGCCUCUCACCUCCUCGUGCUUGCACACCGGUGUUUGCACCGGCUGACCUCCAUGUAUAAGAUGGAUUACUCCUACCUGAACUCCUAUGACUCCUGCAUGGCGGCCAUGGAAGCCUCGGCUUACGCGGACUUCAGCUCCUGCAGCCAGGCCAGCUCCUUCCAGUACAACCCGAUCCGGAGCGGACCCUUCUCCAACCCGGCCUGCACUCCGCUCAGCACGGCCAGCUGCACCCUGGGAGCCCUGCGGGAGCACCAGCCCACCCCUUACUCCUCAGUCCCGUACAAGUUCUUCUCGGACCCCUCCGGCCUGAACGAGAAGAGGAAGCAGCGGCGCAUCCGGACCACCUUCACCAGCUCCCAGCUGAAGGAGCUGGAGCGAGUCUUCGCCGAGACACACUACCCCGACAUCUACACCCGAGAGGAGCUGGCGCUGAAAAUAGAUCUGACGGAGGCCCGAGUACAGGUCUGGUUUCAGAACAGGCGUGCCAAGUUUCGUAAGCAGGAGCGUGCAGCCAACGCCAAAGCCAACAGCUCUGGUGGCACAGCGGGCAGCACCAGUAGCACCAGCUCUGCAGGCAAGAAGGGCGGAGAGCCAAGAUCUUCAUCAGAUGAUGAUGAGUCCAAAGAAUCCACCUGCAGCCCCACACCUGACAGCACGGCCUCCCUGCCGGGCUCGGCCAACGGGAACUUGGGCAGCCCUGCCAGCCUGAGCCCCAGCCCUGCUCCCGCCAACAGCGGCUACGUCAACACCUCCAGCUCUCCGGUUCUGCAGGGGCUGAAGCCACCCAGCUGGUCCAGCCUGGGGCCAUCCAACCCGGCCGUGGCUCAGCCUGCUGCCCAGACUCAGGAGAUUCUGAAGGCCUGGCAGCCGGCGGACAGUAUGACCGGGCCUUUUGCUGGAGUCCUGUCCUCCUUCCACAGAAAACCCAACCCCGGCAUCAAGACGAACCUGUUCUGAAGCACAGAGGGAGAGAAGAUCAGAGAGAGACAUUGUGUGGUCAACUGGAACAGUGAGGAGUUUCUAGCUUUUGUUGAAAAAGUCAGGACUUACCCAUUAUAACCAUGAAUUCACUGGUGUAGUCCGCUGUAGGUCAGCGAGGCCCUUGGGCCUGCUCUAAAGACUGUCCCGUCAAACUGACAACAAAGUCAAAGGUCUGGUCCUCAUCUGUCACCCCAAAUUAUUAAAAUAUGCAACUGUGCACAUUAUAGCUGCAAAACUGGAGCUGGAUAUGUUCAUAUUCUUCCCUGCAACGACUAAAACACUGAACUCUCAACUUCCAAACCAGAGACGUUUAUACAGUUUAGGCAGAAAUCUAAAAAUAUAAGACGCUGCUGAGUUUAAAACUUCAUGCACAGGGUCUUAAACUAUUACCUGACAAAAAUAUACAGAAAUUACAGACACCUACAAACACACUCUCUGCACACACCCUAACAUUCACACACUCACAGUAUUGCAACAAAACCCAGUUGUGCACUUAGCAGCCGCAGCAGCAGCAGCUCUGAUGAGCAUGGCGGUCAGGUACGAGUUUAAAGUAGAAAUCUAAACAUCACGCUCCGGUCUCUGCUGGGGAAACACAACAAAACAAAUCUUUUACCAGCAAGCACAACUUCCUCUAAACCCCCCGACACACAAACCCCCCAAACCAGAAGGAACAGGACCCCACUAAAUCUCUUUGCAGAGUAGAGCAGGGCAACCUAAAAUCCAAUUAGAGCAGCCGGGUCCAGACUAGACACCUCCUCAGUUCAUCCCCCCUCCUCCUGCUUUACUGUAUCAAGUCCUGACUCCCCCCCACUCUCAUUCUCUCUGUGCUUUCAGUCCAGGCUUUACGGCCCCCAUCCCUUCACUCUCUUUCUGUCCCAUCAUGCCUUUCUCUAUCAAACAGUGGGCACUUUGUUCAAAUUCAGCAAGGGAAAGAGACGGACAACUUGAGGCGAUUUUCUCCCCCCCUACGCUGACUUUUUACUUCACGUCUAUUGCAGUUUCCUGCCCUGUUCUUUGGGUGAUCUGCCACAAGAGAUCAAGCUGUAGUUAUACACAGAGCAGAGUGUAAUUAUAACUGACUUGUAGUGUUGGUAUCAUGGUACGACAAUUUCUUUUUACUUCAGCGACUGACUGAGGAGUUUUUGGACGAUUCUCCCGGAAACGAGGCCUGCAGGCGUCAUUUGAACUCUUGCGGACUCACAUCUUAUCACCCCUUCUGACUCUUUAAUCACUUUCUUCAGCCCAGUUUCAUUAAUGCUCCCACAGUCGACGAACGUGGGGUGAUUUUUCUGAAAAGCGUGAAACAAGGUGGUCACAUGUUGGCAAUAUACUGUAGUGAGAGACGCAGUCGAUGGGAGUUUUCUACUGUGUGUCCAUUAUACAUUUUGUCACCAAUAACUGUUUUCCACCCUGAUUUUUGUUCCUCUUGACUCCUAUUAUUUUUUAAAAAUGAAGCAGCAGUUUCCUUAAAACGCUGCUUGUUUCAUUUUGUUGCAGAUAACUGAAAGAAAACUGAUUUCUUUGUUGUUUUAUGGGGGCCUUUACUCCACAAAUCUACUCAGAAAGGGAAAAAAAUGUGUAUUUAUUAUUAUUUUUUUGUCAGUAAGAAAUCCACAAAUUUCUUUGAACUGCUUCAUAAACUUUUGUGACUGUAAAUUCUGUAAUUAGUAAUAUAAAUAUUAGGUAGCAUUUUGUUAAUUUCCGUCACAGUGCUUUACAGAUUUAUGUCAUUGCAGAGCAUCUGUCUCACAGACCAACACGUCCAUGAACACUAAGAAUUGACAGAAGCUCUAGUGAAUGAGAAGUUAUAGCACUACACUGAAUAUUCUAAUAAAUCUACAUUAUGGAAGCACUACGUGACGCGUUUUAAUGAUCUGGUUUCUUUUGUGUGACAGAAUGAUGAGAGCGUUGUGUGUUUUCCAUCUCAAGCACCUGAAAUCGUGGUUAAAUAAAAACCUCAACGACUGUCACAUUUUUCAUUUUACCGUAAACUCUUUCCCUUCCUGAGGCAGGUCUACAUCUCAUCCACCAUAAAGGUUUUAUCCUCU